AUGGUGAGGAUAGACAAUUCUUCUUCUUGUUUCAGGGCGACCAUCAUGUCUCUGGAGGACUUUGAGCAGAAGAUGAACCAGGUCAUAGAGAGGAACGCCUUCCUGGAGAGCGAGCUGGACGAGAAGGAGAACCUGUUGGAGUCCGUCCAGAGGCUGAAGGACGAGGCCAGAGACCUGAGACAGGAGCUCGCGGUGCAGCAGAAGCAGCAGGUUCAGGACAGGAAGCCGUCCCUCAGCAGUGCCAUCAAAGACCCUUCCUCCUCCUCCUCCUCCUCCUCCUCCUCCGCCGGUUUGCCCACCCCCCCCCUCACGCCGCCAGACAAACAGACGGAGGACAAAACCACGUCUCCGUCCUCUCACCCGCCCGUCGUCCCCUCCUCUGCUGCCACGCCGCCGUCCAGACCUCCAGCCUCAGCAGAGUCCCUCAGCUCCGUCAGCAGAGGUGAAAGCCUCUCGGGGAAUCCUCUCACCAUGUCGGCGAGACUCUCGGCUCUGAACAUCGUGGGAGAGCUGCUGAGAAAAGUCGGGAACCUGGAGUCCAAGCUGGCGUCGUGUCGCGAGUACGUCCACGAGCAGACGGCGAGCCGCAGAGGCCCCGCUGGAGGACAGGGGGCGCUGUCGGGCCAGAACAACCACACAGAGACUCACCCCACCAACGGGCUCUACAACAAAGGGCUGGUGAAGAGGUUGGACUUCGGAUCUGGACCCAAGCUGCUGCUGUGAAAGUAAAGGAUCCUUAAUCCUGCUCUGGGCUGCUCCCCCCCCUCCGGCCCAGACUCAACGGUCCUGUGCUGUUGCUCGUCGUACGGGUUGAUCGGCAGCACGCGGACCGCUGGAUGGGACACGGUUGCUAUGGAUAUUUUGGGACGUCUGUUAAGCAGCUCAUGUCUGCACAGGAAGACAUCUUGUUUAUUUGUCAGCAGGACUUCUUUUCGGCACUUCCUGGACUUCUUUGUUUUUGUCACGGGGCACGGUGAGGACUCAAACGCAGACAGUCAGUGACAGUGUAGUGAAA